AUGCAGAACUCCUUCAACCUGGCAGAUGCUCCACAAUUGUUUGUUCAAAGUGCUGAAACUUUCUAUACACAAGCAUUAGCUGCAAGAAUCUACGGUGACAAAUCGGCUUUUAUCAGCUGUGGAUUCAAAGGGUUUCAAGACACAUUAUGGGAUGUAAAAGGCCGCCAUUAUUUCAAAAGUUGUUACGUUGAAGGUGCUAUAGAUUUCAUCUUUGGUAAUGGUCAAUCAGUUUAUCAGGACUGCAUGAUACAUGUUAAUGUUGGACUUCUCCCUGAAGUCAACCAAGGAUACAUUACUGCACAAGGUCGACAAUCCGCAAAAGAUCUGAGCGGAUUUGUAUUUAAACAAUGCACCAUAAUGGGGUCGGGCAAAGCUUUUUUGGGGAGAGCAUAUGGUCCUUUUUCUAGAGUUAUAUUCGAAGAUACCAACAUGGGGAACGUGGUAGCACCAGAGGGAUGGAAUGCCUGGAACUUCAGGGGCAAAGAGAAAAAUUUUAUGUACAUCGAGUUGAAUAGUAGGGGGAUAGGAUCUUCCCCUUCCAAAAGGGUUCCAUGGGCAAAGACGCAAUCUUCCCCUUCCAAAGGGGUUUCAUGGGCAAAGACGCAGGGAGCCUCACAACUAAACAGCUACUCCGUGGAAUCCUUCAUUAACCAAGAUGGGUGGAUUCCCAAACUCCUUUGAAACACUCUUAUACUUUAACUCAUGAUGAUUAUACCUUACUUCUGUUAACUCACCCUUUCAAUAAGUUUAGGGUGGUUUAGUUUCAUAUUUUCCUUCUACCAAGCUUUCUGUUUGGAAAUGCUUCACUAUAAAGAAAAAAUGAAAUUUGAGAACUCUUUUCAUGUUUCAAACCACACAAUAUGUGAUGUCCCAAGUUGGUUAGGGAGGAGAACAAAUCACCUUUUACGAGGGUGUAGAAACCUUCCCCUAACAGACGCU